AACUUGUACGAGGACAGAAACUUGCUGCGUAUUCAAGAGAGAGAGAGGCGGAAUCAGGAGACUCUGCAGGAGAAAGACAAGUUACCUGAGGGGAUUCCCCUCUUUGCAGAACCCUACAAGACUAAUAAAGAAGAUGAGUUGUCAAGCCGAAUUCAGAACAUGCUGGGCAAAUAUGAGGAGGUCAAGGAGUUCUUCAACAACGGAUCCAAUCAGAAUCUUAUAGGGGUUCCAAAAAGUGUUGUUCCUCUGAUGCCACAAGGAAAGCCUUAUCACCCGUACUUCCAUCAAAAGGCCAGCCAUACAUUGCCACCUUCAUUCCACCACACAACCUGCCAUCCACCCAUGGGACCUACAGUUAUAGCUACUCCCCCUCCAGGCCACUCCAUUCACUACCAAAAGGCACAAUCAAGAGCAGAACCAGCUUCAGACUUGCACACCAAGAGUCACGGUGUAUCCAGCGAUCGGAGCCAAGGGCAAGAACGCAAUCGUGGUGGCCAGGAAAGUCAUGCAGGUUUUCACCACAAGGGAAGUGACCAGUGUGUGGGUGGUGAAGGUUGUGCUAAUGAACUGCCAGCCUCCCUUUUGAGGCUUUCUCCAUUGCUGUCAUCUUUGGCUUCUCCACUGUCACCUCUACAUUCCAGCCAGCAUGCUGAUUCCAGGUCACACAACAGCAGCAAAAGUCAUGGGCUGACCUACAGUCAAACAAAAUCAUCUCGGGACCUAGUCACAGGGUCACAGGAGAAGGAAAGCCAGGACAGCUCAGCCAUUAACCUGACCAACACCACUCAGCCUUCCUCUCAGACUUCCCACCCCUCUUUGCCAUCAAAACCCAAUGCAAUGCAGCAGAAACCAACUGCCUAUGUCCGACCAAUGGAUGGCCAAGAUCAGGCACCAGUGGACUCACCGGAGCUCAAACCACUUCUGGAGGAAUACCACGAUGAAUCCUAUGAAAAAAUCUCAGAUUUGAAGGUGAAUGUCAAAGCCAAGCUAUCCAAAUUGGAAAUUCCUUCUGAGCCUGUAGAGCAAACCUUCCCCAGUGAUGUCCACUCCAUUGAAGACAUUUUGAAGGAAAUGACCCACUCAUGGCCACCUCCCCUGACAGCUAUUCACACCCCUAGUACAGCAGAGCCUUUCAAAUUUCCGUUCCCAACAAAGGAAUCGCAGCAUGUUGGAUCUGUAGCACAGAAUCAGAAACAGUAUGAUGCACCUUCAGAAACGUUGCCUAGUUCUCAGCCAAGAACAUCAAUGCUCCAGGACGACCUGCAGCUCAGUGAUAGUGAAGAGAGUGGUGACGACCAAGUUGUUGAAAAGCCACCUCCUUCACUUGCUCCUCCAAGUGCCCUACAGUCCCAGCCCAAGAGUGUGGCAUCAGCACAUUCCAGCAGCUCGGAGUCAGGGAGCACCAGUGACUCAGACAGCUCUUCAGACUCGGAGACAGAGAGCAGCUCAAGUGACAGUGAAGCAAGCAACCCUCCGAGAGCGCCAGUGCCUGAGCCCGACCCACCAAUUUCUAAUAAGUGGCAGCUUGACAACUGGCUAACCAAGGUGAACCCACCAGCAGUGCCAACAGAGAGUCUUGGCGAAAUCACCCAUGGGGAUGGACGUGAGGAGGCCAAGGAGCAGGCGCAGGAUGUUGACAGCAAUUCCUCCCACCAGCACGCCGAGCCGAGGGAGCCUCAGCACAAGAGCUCCGGCCAAGCAGCCGGGGCUUCUCAGGACGCUCAUCUUCCGACUGAGCGCAGCAGCCAGAAGUCUCCUGUGCACACCGAGGAACCCUCGCCCAGGCAGACUGUGGGCAUCAAAAGGCCCACCAAGGCCCCAGUGCACAGGGGGCCCAAGGGAGGCCUAAAGGUGGAGAAUGACCCUGCUCCUGUUGAGGUCAGAGGCCAGUCUUCCAGUGACAGGCCAAAAACCAAAACAAAAGGGAAGCCAGAAUUCAGUGACAGAGAAGACCUGAAGCUGCCACUGCAAGAGCCCCCCAAGAAGAAAAAGCACAAGAGCUCCCACCAGGCUGAUGCCAAACCCUUCUUGGACCCCAGGCUCACAACGGACAUCUUGCUUGGCAAUGGCCAGGAGCAUCCCUCUCUCAGUCCCCUUCCUCAAGACCAGGGCACAACUCCCACCAGGACCAGUGGCCAGAGGCCUGACGUGGUGGCCAGAGAGGAUUUUCACAAGGAGAAGCUUCCCUUGCCUACCAGGGAGAAGAAGCUCUCUCCAGUGGCAUGCUUCCCUGCCCCUCAGUCCCUCGUGGUGAAAAUACCACGCUCUCUCCUGUCAGGGGUCCCCCAGGCCUCUGGGAAAGGCAGUCACCAGAAGAGAGCAGAGGGCAAGGAACACCACAGUGCAGGGAAGCAGGACUUGAAAAGGAAAACCACAGACACUCCUGACGCAUCCCUGCAAAAGAGGAAGAGGGAAGCAGAGGAGAUGGAUAAGAAGAUCAUAAAAUUGGAAAAAGAAACAAAAUCAUUGCAGCCUUCAGCGAACAAAGACUGCAAGAAACUGAAAGCAUCAAAAGUUCCACCUGAAUCCCAGAAGAAAGAUCUCCCACUGCUGCCACUGCCACCCAUGUCUCCUGCACAUCCUGUACCAAAGCCAACCAAAACUGCCCAAAAGAGACCCAGAAGUGAGAGCGGUGAGCGGCCUGCCAUGUACAGCACUGCCAAGAACAGCAGCGACCACAAGGAUCCUUUGUUCUCCAAGCACAAGAAAGUGGAGAGAAAUCACACUGAACUGCCGAAGGGCAUCAAAGCAUCUGUAGGGGAUGCUACACAUCCUUUCCCAGUGCCUUCUUUGCCAAAUGGUACCUCCAAGCCAAGGAGACCUCAACUCAAGUUUGAACAACAGCAUCCGGUUGAGUACUACAUAGAAGAAGCCAAGAAGCUGAAGCACAAAGCUGAUGCAAUGACCGACAAGACUGGAAAGGCCUUUCAGUACCUAGAGGCUGUCCUUUACUUCAUUGAAUACGGGAUUGCCUUGGAAUCGGACGUACUAGCACCAAAAUCGGCUUACAGCAUAUUCAGUGACACCAUAAAUCUCAUCAAGUACGUCAUGACACUAAAACCCUUUAUGAACUCCUCAGCAUCCUCACAUGACAAAAUCUUUGCUGCGUUAUGCAUGCGCUGCCAGUCCAUUCUGCACAUGGCGACGUUUCGUUACAAAAAAGACACUGCAAUAAAGUAUUCCAGGAUUCUGAAUGACCACUUCAAGAGUUCUUCCAGAGCAACACAAGCACCUUCUCCAUGUGUUGCAAGAAGCACAGGCUUGCCUUCUCCUCUUUCUCCAAUGCCUUCCCCCGCCAGUUCUGUGAGUUCCCAGCCGGGAUCAAAUGCUAGCAACGGCAGUGGCAACAGCGUCGGCUCUUCUGUCACUGUCCCCUAUAAUAUCCCGAGCAUCACCUCUUCCUACGUCAACAUCACUUCCUACAUCCUCUGUGCGUAUGAUAUCUGGGAACAGGCUGAUGCACUGGCCAAGAAGAAUAAGGAGUUUUUUGCUGACCUCAGCACAGCGACGUGCGAUCUGGCGCUGAACAGUAGCAUGACCGAACUGGUACACUACACUAGACAGGGUUUACAGUGGCUGAGACUGGAAAUAAAUAUGCCUUAA